GAAGAGCUUGAUUCCUUUUGUAUUUACCCAAAAGGCUUUUUUCCCUUUGGAUUUCUCUUCCAUCUGGCUGCUCCAAAAGUCUGCGGAAAAAGACAGUUGAAUGCAGCCUCCGAUGUACACAAAAGAAUGGGUUUCCAUUCAAGGUGGCCAUUGGUGGGACAAGCACCAGCGGCACUUUGUGUGAUCAGCAUGCUACUGUGCCUCCCUCCUGUGUCAUGCACAACCUGCCCCCAGAAAUGCCGAUGUGAAGACCUGCAGUUUUACUGCGACACGCAGGGGCUCCUGGCGCCCCCAGACGGUGUGGAUAAAGGGGCCCUUGGACUUUCGCUCAGACACAACAGCAUCAGCGAGCUCAGCUCAGACCAGUUCUUUGGCUUCACCCAGCUCACUUGGCUUCAUCUGGACCACAACCAAAUAACCACCGUGCAUGAGGAUGCCUUCCAGGGGCUGUACAAGCUCAAGGACCUUAACCUGAGCUCAAACCGCAUCACCAAGCUGCCAAACACAACCUUCAUCCACCUCAUCAACCUGCAGAUCUUAGAUCUCUCCUUCAACCAGAUGACGGCUCUGGAGCCUGAGCUCUUUCACGGGCUCCGGAAACUCCAGAUCCUUCACCUGCGGUCAAACUCCCUGCGCACGACACCCGUGCGGGCCUUCUGGGACUGCCGGAGCCUGGAAUAUCUUGGCCUGAGCAACAACCGGCUCCGUAGCCUGGCCCGGAACGGCUUUGCCGGGUUAAUUAAGCUCCGGGAGCUCCAUUUGGAACACAAUCACUUGACCAAGAUUAACUUGGCACACUUCCCUCGUCUGGUUGCCCUCCAGUUCCUUUAUCUGCAGUGGAACAAGAUCAACAAUUUAACAUGCACCAUGGAAUGGAAAUGGACAACUCUGGAGAAACUGGAUCUCACUGGGAACGAGAUACGUGUACUCACCCCCGACGUGUUUGAGACUUUGCCCAGCCUCAAGAUCUUGCUGCUGGAUAACAACAAACUGACCAACCUCGAUACCCAAACCAUGGAUAUGUGGAAGUCCCUAACCGCAAUCGGGCUGUCGAGCAACCUUUGGGAAUGUACCAAACGAAUCUGCAAUUUGGCCACUUGGUUGAGCACCUUUAAGGGUCGAUGGGAGCAUUCUAUCCUCUGCCACAGUCCUGAGUAUGCGCAGGGCGAGGAAAUACUGGAUGCCGUUUACGGAUUCCAACUUUGCCAAAAUUUCUCAGCCCCGGUCAUACUGACCAGUACAAGCACGGAUGCCAUGCUCCCUGAGAUCACAAGCUCUCUGUUUGGAAAUAUGCAGACCCCUACGCAAGACUUCUAUGCAGAGGAUUUUGGGAGCUUUACGAUUGUCACUACUACUACUACCACCACCCAACCCCCACGCACUGCCCUUGCUACUACCAUGACGGUGGAGGGUGCAGAUGUUACCGAGGACUACUCUGCUAUGGACAACACAGUGCUGACCCAGAGGGUCAUCAUUGGCACCAUGGCUCUGUUGUUUUCAUUCUUUCUCAUUAUUUUUGUAGUGUACAUAUCGCGAAAAUGCUGCCCUCCCACUCUGAGGCGGAUCCGCCAUUGCUCGGCCAUUCAGAACCGGCGACAGAUGAGGACCCAGCAGAGGCAGCCAAUGGCGGACCUGGCUACACAGGUGCCCUAUAACGAGUAUGAUCCCAGUCACGAGGAGGGUGCACUUGUGAUCAUCAAUGGCUAUGGGCAGUGCAAAUGUCAGCAACUGCCUUACAAAGAGUGUGAAGUAUAAACUCUAUUUAUUCCUGCAGUUUAUGGGUUUAAACAUUUGUCCAUUUCAAAAGAU